UUCGGCCCAGCGGUGGAAGGAGCGGACCCAGGCCAGCACCAUGGAGAUCGUGUAUGUGUACCUCAAGAAGCGCAGCGAGUUUGGGAAACAAUGCAACUUCUCUGACCGCCAGGCAGAGCUGACCAUUGACAUCCAGCCCAACCCAGAGCUGGCGGAACAGUUCGUGGAGCGGAAUCCCGUGGACACGGGUGUCCAGUGCUCCGCCAGCAUGUCGGAACAUGAGGCCAACACAGAGCGCUUCGAAAUGGAGACCAGAGGGGUUAACCACAUUGAGGGGGGUUGGCCCAAGGAUGUGAACCCCUUGGAGCUGGAGCAGACGAUCCGUUUCCGGAAGAAAGUGGAGAAAGAUGAGAACUACAUUAACGCCAUCAUGCAGCUUGGCUCGAUCAUGGAACACUGCAUCAAGCAAAACAAUGCCAUAGACAUCUAUGAGGAGUACUUUGAUGACGAGGACCCCAUGGAGGUGACAGAUGAGGCUCCGUCAGCAAAAACCAUCAACGUUUUCAGGGAUCCCCAGGAGAUCAAGCGGGCAGCUACGCACCUGUCCUGGCACCCUGAUGGCAACCGGAAGUUAGCUGUGGCAUAUUCUUGCUUGGAUUUUCAGCGGGCACCUAUGGGCAUGAGCUUCGAUUCAUACAUCUGGGAUAUGGAAAACCCCAACAAACCUGAAAUUGCCCUGAGGCCAUCUUCACCCCUCAUCACCCUGGAGUACAACCCCAAGGAUUCCCAUGUCCUCCUGGGAGGCUGCUACAAUGGGCAGAUUGCCUGCUGGGACACCCGGAAGGGCAGCCUAGUGGCCGAGCUGUCCACCAUAGAGUUCAGCCACCGCGACCCUGUGUACGGCACCAUCUGGCUGCAGUCCAAAACGGGCACUGAGUGCUUCUCAGCCUCCACAGAUGGCCAGGUCAUGUGGUGGGACAUCCGGAAGCUGAGUGAGCCCACAGAGUUGUUGAUCAUGGACAUCAGCAAAAAGGAAAUGCUGGAGAACUCCCUUGGCGCCAUCUCCCUGGAGUUCGAGUCCACACUGCCAACCAAAUUCAUGGUGGGCACCGAGCAGGGCAUCGUCAUCUCCUGCAACCGCAAGGGCAAGACGCCCGCUGAGAAGAUAGUGUGCACCUUCCCGGGUCACCACGGCCCCGUCUAUGCCCUCCAGAGAAACCCCUUCUACCCGAAGAACUUCUUGACGGUCGGGGACUGGACGGCCCGCAUCUGGUCUGAAGACAGCCGGGAAUCUUCCAUCAUGUGGACCAAGUACCACAUGGCUUACCUCACUGAUGGUGCCUGGAGCCCUGUGAGGCCGGCAGUUUUCUUCACCACCAAGAUGGACGGAACCCUGGACAUCUGGGACUUUGUGUUCAAGCAGUGUGACCCAGCCCUCAGUCUGAAGGACAAUGGGUGUCUCACUGCUUGUGGCUCCCGGCUGGGGACGACCACCCUGCUGGAGGUCUCUCAUGGGCUCUCCACCCUGCAGAGGAAUGAGAAGAACAUAGCGUCUUCUAUAUUUGAGCGCGAGACCCGGCGGGAGAAGAUCCUGGAGGCUAGGCACCGGGAAAUGAGGCUGAAGGAGAAGGGCAAGGCUGAGGGCAAGGAGGAGGAGCUGAAGGAGGAGGAGGCCGCCGUAGACCUGCAAGAGCUGGUCUUCAAGGCCGAGGAGGAGUUCUUCGACAUCAUCUUCACGGAGCUGAAACGGAAGGAGAAGGACGCCCUGAGCAAGAAAUCACUGCCCACACACAGUCAGGAAGAGGAGGAGGAGGAGCUGCUGGAGCAGGAGAUGGAAGGAGAGGAAGAAAUGGAAGAGAAGGAGACCUCAGCCUAG